AUGUCAACAGAUAUUCAGGCUCCUGUGACUGCUUCGACUUCCUCAAGCGUUCUCUCGGGAACGAAUGCAAAGCAAGACAAAAAGGGAAAGGGAAAAUUGCGAAUUGAGGAUAAGAGAGACACAGAUGGCAACGAGAGUGAAGCAUCUGUCGGGGAGUCACGCAGAAAAGCCAAAGCAAAGACAGCCAAACGAAUCGAAAGAAAGGGCACUGAGGAAGUGCAGAGCGAUACCUCACCCGACAACGAUGAAGAGAGUGCCGCAGUCGACGAAAGCGAGCUGUCUUCUCACAGCGAAUCAGAAAGGGAUGCGAGCGCCGAUGAGAAGACUAGGACUGCAAGGAGGGGGGAGAAGAAUGCAGCCAAGAAAGCGCGAAGGGAAUGGCGAGGUCUGUACCGUUUGCUUAGCCACCAGUGGAAAGAAGGCGGCAGAGCCGAACUAUCAGGAUCGAAGGUAGAGAUUUUCAAGCAAGCGAACCAGAGGAUCGAGCGAUACUGCGACAAAAUCUUGAACGCGGAUGUAGCAUUCAACACCAAAGCCGAGGCACUUUAUCGAGUGAGGUUGAAGAAACUUGAGGAAGACCUCAUUCGUAAACCAGAGAGCCACAAGAUGCAACGAAGGAAGGCGUUGCAUACCCAUUGUAUCAAGGAAGCAAGACGGCCAUCAAGAGAAGACCUACUCAAGAAGUGGAAGUUUCCAAAUGAUGAGCUCUGUGCCCAGAUCUACGCGAUAGAAAUAGGACUAAAGGAACUCGACGAACUGCCUUCUGGAGAAGCGUACAACAAGAAAAUUGCAGACUACGAGCAACGACUCGCAGCAAGUCAGCCUGGUUCAAAGGAGUACACUAAUUUGACAAAUAAAAAGACCCACAAGCAGAAGUCGCUAGCGAUUCGAAGACAAAAAACAGAGAAGCUCCUUCAGACCGCCCUAAUCUGUCUGGAUAACCUAGAAGGGAAGGGUAUUCCACCUUCUCAAGUCCUAACCGAUCGCACGAACUCUGUGUUCCAAGAUUUUUUCUCGCUUUCUCGUGAGAACACGGAGCUAUUCAACGCACUGAAAGCAGAUAUGGAACGACCAACGUUGGAACAGCUAGAUAAAUGGGAUGUGGCUACCAAACCAAUGUGCGAUUUUGCCUCCUGCGUCAGCGAUGAGGCCAUGUCCACAGAGCAAAACAUUGUGAGAGCAGGAAACCUGAUCAAGGAUUUGGAGAGGAUCGAUAAGCAUAUCGAAGUUCUGGGAGAGACAAAAGGGAAAAAUUGUUUGCCUAUGUCUAUACUAUGCGAGAUGCUCGAGCAGUACAAGUCGGCACAUUACGAGCAAGUACAGCUCAACGUCACGAGACUUAUAGAGCAGCUCCGUCGGCAUGAGGCAGCGGUGGAUGUGGUGCGCGCUAUAGAGUUCGGAGAGUCUCUGAGCGGCCCUGUGACCGAUCCAGAAGAUGCUGCUAACGCGGGUAUCGAAGCUGCAUCAAAACCGACUGUCAGAGCGGCAGCAAACGGGACUAGUGCAGCUGCCACAAAUCCCGUUGCUGGAGUCUCACUAGUUGCCGGUACCGAUCUCUCAGACGAAUACCUCCGAAAUAUUGACAUCACGUCACUGGAGUUGGGAUCAAACAUCGCUGAGGUGUUUCAAUAUGAAAAUGGGAUGACGGAGCAUGGGCCUCUCGUUGCGACGAGACUUUGGACAACAGAGAACGCAGGGCAGAAUCGCUAUAUUGUAAACGCCGGACUUGACAAACCAGGAAUGGAGUAUCUCAAGGUUUUCAGAGGAAGUGACUUGGGGCCAGGCGGUGCGGAACAGCUAGCGGAUCAGAACGUGGUCGACUUUGAUCUCAAGCAACACAAUAAGGAUGUGUCGCAAUGGGUUCAGCUGGCAGGCAAAUUUGGCGAGAAACAUUUCUCGGUUUUGGAAGCGGCUUACAUCAAGACGCAGCUAUAUUUCGAGGCAUGUAAAGUUCAAAAGCUUCAUCUGGAGACCAAGCAGCCUCUAACCGCCGACGACCUUCGAGGGCGCCCCUGGCUUUUCCCGGAGACUGAUCAGAACAUAUCCAGUAAAGGCAGCACUAGUGGGAGCGUUGAGACGGAAGAUGAUGACGAUGAGGAUGUUACGAAUGGGGUCACAGUUGAUGCCGGUGCUUUCUCUGCUAACACGACUGAUCCUUUCAAGAAACCUCGGGCAAACCUUGCAAACAUCACGCAAGCAUCCUCAAGCCCUGGUAACCUGUAG